AUGGCUGAAGAGGCGAAGAUAGACCUGUACACGGCCGGCACGCCCAACGGCCAGAAGAUCAGCUGUACACUCGAAGAGUUGGGUGUCAAAUACAACGUCCACAAGAUCGACAUCGCCAAGAAUGUGCAAAAGGAAGAAUGGUUCCUGAAGAUCAACCCCAACGGCCGUAUCCCAGCCAUCGUAGACAAGACCUCAGGCAAAUCCCUCCGAGUCUUCGAAGGAGCCUCAAUCCAGCUCUACCUCUGCGAGAAGUACGACAAGGACCACAGCAUCUCAUUCCCCUACAACAGCGACGAGUACUGGGAGAUGCUGUCCUGGCUCACCUGGAUGCAAUUAGGUAUCGGUCCCAUGCAAGGCCAGGCAAACCACUUCUACCGCUACGCCCCGACCAAGAUAGACUAUGCCAUCAACAGGUACCAGUCCGAAUCCAAACGUCUAUACCAGGUCCUCAACGAUCGUCUCAAGUACCAAAACGACGCCGGACAGGGGCUGUGGUUGGCCGGUGGCAAGUACACGAUCGCUGAUCUUUGCUGCUUUUCGUGGGUGAACUGGGCCGAGUGGGCUGGCGUGCCUAUUGACCCCUUUCCCGAGGUGAAGAAAUGGUUGGGAGUGAUCCAGAAGCGGCCAGCUGUGGAAAGGGGCGUCAAUGUGCCGGAUAAGUUCGAGAUGAAGGAGGCGAUGAAGACGAAGGAGGGAGAGGAGGAGUAUGCGAAGCACCAUUCGAACUGGGUGAUGCAGGGGAUUAAAGAGGACCAGGAGAAGCACCAGUAA